UAUUCCGCUGAUCAAUCUUCUACUCGUGCACCACAUCAUUGUAGUCGGUAUGCAGACAGUGACUUAUUCGCGCGUAGGCUCGCUGGAAAUCCAGCUAGACAUCAGGCUUCCCCCUUCUCCGACAGCAGGUGCCUUGCCGGCUGUCGUGCAUUUUCAUGGUGGCGGAAUGACCACGGGUGCACGGUCGGGAUAUGACUGCUGGCAGUGGCUGAUAGACUCGACGCUAGACAAGGGCAUGAUGUUCAUGUCUGCCGAUUACCGCCUUAUUCACCCCUCCACGGGCUUCGACAUCAUCGAGGACGUCAAAGCGCUGAUGAAAUUCCUCGCAGACCCGUCCUUCUCCGAGAACCACCUCCCAGCAGGUCUCUCGCUCGACGCGAGCCGCAUCGGCGUGGCCGGCGUGUCUGGGGGUGGCUAUGCCGCCCGCGCGGCAGCGAUCUAUGGCGAGCCCAAGCCUCGGGCAGUCUACCUGCUCUACUGCAUGGGAGGUGACCUCCUCUGCGACCACUGGGUCGCGGAUAAGGGCGACUCCAUCUUUAACAAUGCCCCUCCCAUCCCCCGUACGGCCGUCGCGCACCUCCUGGACGCGCCCAUUUCCCCGACGGCAGGCAGCGCUCUGACACCCGGUCCCGGGAAGUGGCACGACGAGCAGGGACGCAUGUCACUCUUUCCGUACUGGGGGCACACCGGAGAACUGCUCGACUACGUCCUCGGCGAGCCCAUCUCCGCGACGCUUCGCGCCCUGCCCGCCGCCAAACGUGCCGCAGCUGUCCCUGAACGCCUUCGCCCCGCACUGCUGGAGACGCAGAUCGACGUGUCGUUCCCGCCGACGUUCCUCCUCCACGGCGACGCGGACGUGACGGUUCCCCUGUCUGAGUCGCAGAAGACGGUCGAUCGCCUGCGUGAGCUUGGUGUGAAGACUGAGCUGGAGAUCGUUCCCGGCGGAGGGCAUGCGCUCAUGAUGCAGGUGGCAGUCCCGCCUGAGUUCUGCCCUGGAGCGGCUGAGGCUCAUGAGAAAGGCAUGCAGUUCCUCGCUCGCGAGCUGUUGGAUAGUGUCACUACACGGUAGGAUGCAGAUGCAGCACUAGCAUGCCAUUCGCUACGAGUUACAAAGCAUCGUACCUUGGCUCUCGGCUCCUGGUACACGCAAUUGGGCCGUCCCGACUUUUGAGGCCAUAAAAUGAUGCCUGUUUGCCAUCAGCCGGCGCAUUAGUUUGUAGUGACGAGCCCGUGGUGACUCGUGAAC